GCUGACUGCUGGGCAGCCCCUAGCCGACGGGGAGUCGCUUCGCUCCUAGUGGCUGGCGGUUGAAGCGAGGGAGCGGACAUGGACUUGGACUCGUACCAGCACUAUUUCUACGACUAUGACUGCGGGGAGGAUUUCUACCGCUCUACGGCACCCAGCGAGGACAUCUGGAAGAAAUUCGAGCUGGUGCCAUCGCCCCCCAUGUCGCCGCUCUGGGGCUUGGAUCCCAGCGCUGGGGACCCGGCCCUUGGGAUUAAUUCCCUGGAUCCGUGGCCCGGAGGAGGAACUGGAGAUGAGGCGGAAUCCCGGGGCCACUCGAAAGGUUGGGGCAGGAACUACGCUUCCAUCAUCCGCCGUGACUGCAUGUGGAGUGGUUUCUCCGCCAGGGAACGCCUGGAGAAAGCGGUGAGCGACAGACUGGCCGCUAGCGCGUCCCGCGGAAACCCAUCCAGGGCGCCGGCUGCCCCGGACUGCGCUCCCAGCCUUGAAGCCGCAGUCAACCCGGCGCCCGCCCCAUCAUGUCCGCAGAGCGAGCCCAAGACUCAGGCCUGCUCAGGGUCUGAGAGCCCUAGCGACUCUGAGGGGGAUGAAAUAGAUGUGGUGACAGUGGAGAAGAGGCAGUCCCUAGAAGUCCGGAAGCCAGUCACCAUCACAGUGCGAGCAGACCCUCUGGAUCCCUGCAUGAAGCACUUCCACAUUUCCAUUCAUCAGCAACAGCACAACUAUGCUGCCCGUUUCCCUCCAGAAAGCUGCUCCCAAGAAGGGGCUUCAGAGAAGAAGCCCCAAGAAGAGUCUCUGGAAAGAGAUGCUCCCGAGGAAAAAGAAGAUCAGGUGCAAGAAGAGAUUGUGAGCCCACCACCUGUAUUACGUGAGGCUCCACCACCCUACCACCCCAAAUCUGUCAUUUCUGAUUCUGAGGAUAUGACCAAGAGGAAGAAUCACAACUUCCUGGAGCGCAAGAGGCGUAAUGAUCUCCGUUCACGGUUCUUGGCCCUGAGAGACCAGGUGCCUUCCCUGGCCAGCUGCUCCAAGGCCCCCAAAGUAGUGAUCCUAAGCAAGGCCUUGGAAUACUUGCAGAGUCUGGUGAGUACCGAGAAGAGGAUGAUCACGGAGAAAAGGCAGCUCCGAUGCCAGCAACAGCAAUUGCAGAAAAGAAUCGCUUACCUCAGUGGCUAUUAAGUGACCAAAAAAAUCGGACUGCUCUCUGUCUUAUGAAAACACAAGUUUAUUUUGAAUCCCUUCCCCUCUCCCUUAGUAAUUUGCACAUUUUGUUUACGGUGGGACAGUCUGGACAAUAGAUCCCAGAAUGCAUUGCAGCCAGCGCACACAAUAAGGGCUUGCAUUCUUGGAAACCUUGAAACCUGGCUCCCUCGCUCUCUUCCCUGACUGGUUGGAAUGCUGUCUUCUCUGGCGCCUUUGGCUUCGCAGGCAGGCAGCUGACUGUGGAGCCUUGGGGUCUGCCUAGCUCACUAGCUCAGAAAAAAAAAACCUGACAGAUGCUAUGCAACAGGUGGUGGACGUUGUCGGGGGGCUCUGGCCUGCAUGAAAUCUCACACUCUGGGUGAGCUUAAGGCUGGGAAAAGAUGCCCCCACUGAUGUCUCUGGGGUGAUGCUAGGACAGCUGGGCCUGGAUGUUCUUCCCGAGGCUCCUUUUU